ACUCUUCUGACGACCACGAUGAAGUUACUCGCGGCUUCCUUAUUACUCGCUGCAUCUGCCCUAUCACCUGCGUCUGGAUACUUUGUCGUCACAUCUCCAUCUCUGAACGACCAAUGGGUUAACGGCGAAACUCACCAAGUCUCAUGGAGCAAGGGAGCCAAAGACGGCGUAACCUCCUUCGACAUUGAAAUGUCCCAACUCAGCGCCACCGGCCUUACCUUGAUCGCCAAGAAUGUUCCUUCCUCUGACGGUGACCAAAAGUCAAUAAACAUCCUACUACAAGAUGUCCCCCCAGGAAACGACUACUUUCUGCUCUUUCUGAAUUCGACCCACGGCGUCAUGCAUGGUACCUCGCCUCGAUUCACAAUCCUUCCAGCCGGUUCAAACGGCAAUAUAUCAUCAACCACCAACCCGAAGGCAGCCACUGUCACCGUUAGCGGCUCGCCGAAUCCUACUCAAGCUUUUGCGACUACAUUCCCGCUCGUUGCUAGCGAUGCCCGACGGAGAGCAUCACCACUAUUGGGAGUCGGGUUAGGUUCUCUCAUAUGGGGUUGGGCAGCAUGGACAAUGUUUUGA